CUUCCUCGGGCUGCCGUACUGCUCGUCUUGCUCCCUUCGGACACACUGGGCCUGGUGCGAAGAAGACACUCGGCCAGUCGUGCGAACACACAGCUUUCUGGGCAUCCCUAAGGGCGUGUAGGAGAGCAGGAGACCGGAGAGCAUAAUGGCAGCUUAUAAUAAUGACUACUCGCGCUUCGACAACAUCGGGGACUCGUCCGAAGAGGACUCGUACUCGGACGAAGAGGAAUUGCCGGAAUUGCCGGAGACCGGAGAGCCGGAGAGCAUGGCCAAUGUGGCGAGCCCCGACCCCGUGAUAGAAGCGAGGAGGAGACAGGCGGCGAGUAUCCGCCGUACGGCUGAGCGGCCAGAGAGGCUCCGCUUGCAGAAUGCGCGCGUCGCGUCGGCCGUCUCGGCAGGCGUGGCGGCGCUCCGGGACCGCUCGCCGCAGCUCGACAGGACGCUAUGGCCGCGCCUGGAGGGCGGAGAUCCGGUCGUGGGUCCGCCGCCGCGCGUGCGCACGCUACGCGUGGCGCGGCGGACGGCGGGAACGGCCUACCUCGUCCAACGGCCCGAGGAUAGCCCGGCGGACUGGGAACGGCGCGCGGCCGCGGCCGCCUCGGGCGAGUUUCGGGCGGUCGAGGUCGUCGGAUUUUUGUCCCAGGCUCCCGCCGGAGGCGCCUGCUUCGAGGCCGACUUCUCUUGGUCGUCGCAGGAUCCUUUCGCGACACCUGAUGGCGUCGUCGACGCGUUUCCACGUGUCGAACAGCUCUUGUGGCGGCAGAGCGGUAAACAUACGUUUCGUCGCGCGCUGCGGUCGCUGGUCAUCGGCGCCGACGCCGACGUCUGUGAUGCCGAACUCGACGUCGCCGCGUUCGCGCCGGUGCUGGAGGAGCUCUUCGUCGAGAAUAGAGGCAUCGCAGGGAUGCUCGGCAAACCGUAUACGGCGCCACUGCCGCUCUUGGGGCCGACGACGCAGACGUUCAGCAAACUCCGCGUCGUCGACGUCGUGACGCUGCUCGGUGACGUGCAGAGCAUGCACGGGCACCUCGCGGCCGCGAUCCUGCACAACGCGCCGGUCCUCGAGAGCGUCCGCCUGCCGAUUAGGGUGCCUUCUGGUAAUUUGACCACCGCCCAGCCCACGACGAUCUGUGUCACGUCGCCGCACCUGCGCAAGCUCCAUCUCUCAUUCGAGGUGCCGGCACCAGCGGGCCGAAGUUCCCCGGCCGUCGUCGUCGACGUGCAGAGCGACGCGUGCGCGGCGCUCGAGGACCUAUCGCUCGAAUGCAUGGCGCACGGCUUCGCCCUUUCAUGCGGCGGAGGGCGGGGGUAUUGGGGCGAGGGUCCGGUGCCCACGGCCGCCGUUUGCCUGUGCGAGCCUCUGGCGCGCGCACGCGUGGUGCGCAUCCAGGGCGCGACUCUUUUCCAACCGAACGACUUUGACGACAGUUUUCCAACCGGGCGUGACUGGUUCCCGGCCGUCGUCGAACUCGCGGCGUGCACCAGCGUCGACGUCCUCGUGCAGGUGUUCCAGGCUUGCGCCAUCGGCGCAUUGCGACGUCUGUUUUUGGGUGUGCAUGCGGACGGGCCCUGCGUGAACAAUUACCCUGGGCCGGUUCACGGUAAUGUUCUCGAGCCGCUCGUUCGCGAGUUGGAGCGCGCGGGCGCUCAACUCGACGAGGUCCGCUAUUGCGCCCAUGAGCGCGCUUCCUACGCCGAUGACGUUGCGGAGGCCAACUGGCGUUGCGAUGAGGCGUCUCUGGCGCGGCAGGCGGAAGCGCGCCCCGAAGUCGUGCGGCUCGAGCCGUGUCCAGGAGAUGCCGCCGGCAACGUUGAAACGCUGGGUCCGGAGCCCGCGGAUAUCUCGCCGCCCCCGGCGGACUGGCCGCCGCCGGAUCGGCAACCGCCCCCCGCCGAAUAGAAUCGGAGGCACGGGUAAGAAAACACCACUGGCAGAG